AUGGCGAGUAGCAAACUUCCCAGCAUCCCGUCCCUUCGCACACAACAGCUUUAUCUUGAACUUGCGAGCCUCCAGGCAUCUCCUCCCCCUGGGGUAUAUGUCACGAUCUCGCCGACCGAUCCCACUCUUUGGUCCGGAGUGCUGUUCGUGCAAAAAGGUCCCUACGCCUCUGCUAUCCUUCGUUUCCAAGUCCGAUUCCCGCGAAUCUACCCAGAUCUUCCGCCGAUUGUAAGGUUCGACACAGAUAUAUUUCAUCCUCUUCUUGUCCCUUUGACGACGUACACUUUCACAACCAGCUCGUCGGAUACAGACACUGUUAGCGCAACGGACGAGGAAAGACUCCCCCCAGGUGGCUUCAGUCUACGACACGGAUUCCCUCACUGGUUCGGGAGGGCAAAACGAAGUGCUACUAACUCAGCAUCUUCAUCCAGGAAUGUGAGCAGCAAUCCAACGGCUGAUGGAGUUGGAGCGGCCCCAGAUACGUCGAGCAGUACACCUGCGGAGACCAAUUCUGACGUGAAAGAUGGAGAGCCAUCAUCGGUCGCGCUCAUUAAUAGCAUCCAUACCAGCUCAAUCCCAACAGGGGAAAUCUACCAGAGUGAAGGGGUUGAUGUACCCGUUGCACAGUUGUUCAACUACAUUCGGGAGACAUUUGACAAUGAAGAUGUGAUAGAUUCUAUUCCACUAGAAGCGGCAGGUAAUCCUGGGGCGUGGCAUGCCUGGCAAUCCCAUCGUCGUCAUUCUAGAGACGUAUUAGGUGAAUCCAAAAAUGCAGAGCUGCAGCAAGCUGGCACAAAUCUCCAGGGUCCUGCUGCUGGAAAAGAGAGCGGAAAAUCUCGACUGCCUGGGCAGUGGAAUUGGACUGGUGUUUGGCAAAAGAGAGCCCAGGCCGGAAUUCGGAACAGCUACCUCGAGUCUGUUUUGUUUGGAAAUUCCCCUCGAAAUGCUGCGGAUGACUUGAUUCGGUUUCAAAAGCUCGACAAUGAUAUACUGGCAGAAGUCAAAACGGAGAUCAUCGGACCAGCAAGAAACUGA